UGACUGGCUCGAUAAUAAUGUUCAGUAAUCUUAAAAUUUUUUAUUUUUGGAGGAAAAAAAAAAAAAAUGAUUCCUUGCCUAUUUGUUGAAGUUUUUUUUUUUUUCUUUUAAUUUCUGUGGCCUGGAAAUCACAGAAUCCUCUAUGUACUCUUCAGGUGCGACGCGCCGGGGCUUCCAGGAUUUCGUUGAUGCGGUUUGAGUCAACAAAGCGGACCGGCGGGUUUGCAGAUAGGAAGAAAAGGAACGCACCAGACUGAGAACUCAAACAUCCAAAACCCGAUGUCGUUGUAUAUUGGUAAUCUAUCAGCUCGAACUCAGAGAGGUGAACUCGAACACAUUUUCCGGAGGUUCGGGAGUUGUAAUGUGCAGCUUAAGAAAGAUGGAUAUGGGUUCGUAGUAUUUGACGUCCGUCCAGAUGCAGAGAAAGCUUUGAAGGCUCUGCAGGGUAGGAAGAUCUGUGGUGAGCCUUUGACUCUUACAUGGUCUAAUAAACAGCCUCGACCUUUUCGAAAAUAUGAAAGAGGUGCUCGAUUAUAUGAGUCGCAACAUGGAAUGAAUGCUGGAAGAGGAGGAGAUUAUGCCAGUAGAAAAAUGGGUUCAAAUAGUUGGAGAGAUUACAAAAUGGGUUUUAAACACCCAGAUAGUGAUGGAGGAAGGCUCCAUUCUGCUGACAUGCUUGAUGAUGAGACAGCCUACAAUGAAGACAUCAUAAAACAUAAUACAGAGGAAAAAUUUCAAACUUUGCAUGAUGAAGGUGGAAAUGUCAUAGCCAACCUUGCCGACAAUGAUAGAUGGGGUGGGAAAGCUUUUGACCCCUCAAACUAUAAUGGGGUAGAAAAUGGAAUAGGAUUUGACCGAUAUGAACCUUACCAGGGUUAUGAUGGCAAAGGUGGAAGUGAGACCCAAAGGGUAGGAUAUACAGGCGGUUCUCCUGCGACAAGAAGUUCUCAAGAGAAAUUAGGCAAAGAACAGAUUGAUGCUGCAGCUUUAAACUCCCCCAAUGAUUCUAAACCUCGGAAAACUUGCUACAUUUGUGGGGGUUCUGGUCACAAAGUGCAUAAUUGUCCCAAAGAACAUUCUUCGUGGAGAAAGCCGACCAAGUUCGAUCUUAGGGAGGAUGAUGAUGCCAAUAAAAGUGGUAGAGGCAAAGGAGAGCUGGAUAGAUGUGGAUCCAGAUCAUGGGGAAAACUGCAGUUGAGUAGGGAUGAUAUGUCAGCAAGGAGACAGAAGGAUAAUAGGAUAGCAUCUGGUUCACGAAACCAUCGGAGGUUGAUAAAAGGUGGAAGCUCCCCCAUAACAAAGGAAGCUGAUAGGGAACACGAAGUGGACUAUGGAGGUAAGAAGAGGAGGAGGAGGGAAAACGGAAGUCUUAGACAAAGUGUUGCCAAGAAAGCUCGGAAGCCAAUUUCGUCUUCUCACCAUUUCAAGUAUAGCACAUCUAGAUCACAUACGACUUCCCAAUCGUCAAAGUCUCCACCAAAUUCAAAUAGAUCGAGAUCUGCAUCUUCCAGAGCCGAUUCCUUGUCUUCUAAUUCAAGGUCAACUUCUAAAUCGCAGUAUACUGCAUUCAGAAGUUAUAAGACUAGGUCAAGCCCAAUCUUGCCAACAUCCUUGUCUCUAUCACCAUCCUCUUUAAAUAAGGUGCCAUUAUAUCUGAAAGAGACUCUGCAUAAUGCUACUACUCCUGAAUCCAAGGCCAUUCUAGCUGAACAAGGACAACUAAUAGACCGUAAUGCUGACUCCAAGAAUGUUAGGAUUGAAAAGCCAACGAUGGUGGGGAAUGAAACUGUACCAUCAUCCUCUAAAGUAGAAGAUUUGGAAAAGGACCAUCAUAUGGAGAGGAAUGAGAUUGACAACCAUAUUAUGUCUGGGUCAUUAUUUGAACUUACAAAUCCAAGCGAGUUGCUUUUGGAUAAAGGUACUCUUACUGCUCGGAGUUUAUCUCCCGAGAGACUGGGAGAGAGAACUGAAUUUCAAAAUUCUGGGGUAUUGGAGAUGGAGCAAAUGCCACCACCAAUCAAGAAGCCAGAUUCAGAAAUGAUUGCCAUUACCCAGACUAGCUGUUCAACGAGCAUAUCGUCAGAGGAGAUGUACCUGGCUCUGAAGCAUUAUGGCCUGGAACUCCCCAAAGAAAAUGAAAGGCAUUUAUCCAUCGAGGCAUACUUUGGUUCUGCUAGCUUAUGGCCUUGGGAGAUCAUUUACUUCAGGAGGCUGAAAAAGGGCCCUAUGUCAAUUGAGAACUAUGCCAGGCGGGUUGCUCAGAAUAAAGAGUUUUGCAUUGUGGAUAAGUAUAUCAGAAGCAGUAGUGGAUGGGGAGAAAUGGGUGAAGACAACUCUUGAAAGGUUUUAUUGCUGAUAUGCUGAGUUAAUUUUUGUACUUGUAGACCAUGAGAUCUAUCUUCAUGUUGAUUCUACCAUUUUGGGUUUCACAUGCGAAAUUUCUUGUGGAUCCUUCAAAUAGAAGUUUUAGACAGGUAAAUUUGCAGAAUGUGUUCUACAUGAUUGUGGUCCUAGUGUCAUGUACAACACGUUGGAACUCAUAUGACUUUGAUGAACUUUUCUUCUUCAAAUGAUCCAUAUAAUGUUAAUUGUAUGCUAGAUUUUGAGUAGUAAUACAAAACUUUGGAG